CAGGCGCCUCUCCGCGCCUCGGGCCGCGGACGGUGGCGGAACGAGGCGGGAGUAGAGAAGGGGGAGGAGAGCCGGCCCGGCCUGUGCGGGAGGGCCGCACAGGCUCCCGCGUCUGGACCGCAGCGCGUGGGGAGGCCCGAGAGCCUGUAUCUUCCGGGGCCUGCGCGGGGGCAGUUGCAGCCCGAGACACGAGGGAGGGGGCAGGAAACGAGGUCGGAAAGAAACGCGGCCGGAGCAGCUCUGGCACUGUGGAGACAUCUCUCCUUGCAGCCCUUCCAUAGGCUUGCUUUUGCACUUGAACAGGGUCAGAAGCUUGUGGAAAGGGGUACCACUGCCCACCCCGACCUUCCCCCAGCCCCCAGGAAAACAGUCCAUCUCAAGAAUUCAUACUACAAAGAAAAUCUGAUGGGACCUCUCCAGGUUGUCCCCAGGAGAUUAAUUUCCCAGCUAUAUUGUGGAUUAAAGUCUCCAGCUGCCACAGGAACCAAGAUUUGCCUAACAAUGGCUCGUCCAAAUUCAGAUAUGGCCGAUUUUCGGAAGUGUUUUGCAAAAGCCAAGAACAUAGUCGUCAUUUCAGGGGCUGGCAUUAGUGCUGAAAGUGGGCUUCCGACCUUCAGAGGAGCUGGAGGUUAUUGGAGAAAGUGGCAAUCUCAGAACCUGGCCACUCCUGAAGCCUUUGCCCAAAAUCCAUCCCGGGUGUGGGAGUUCUACCACUACCGGCGGGAACUCAUGCACAGUGCGGAGCCUAACCCGGGGCAUCUUGCCAUCGCUAAGUGUGAGGCCCGGUUGCACGAGCAGGGCCGCAAGGUCACGGUCAUCACCCAAAACAUCGAUGAGUUGCACCGCAAGGCUGGCACCAAGAACCUUCUGGAAAUUCAUGGUAGCAUAUUUAAAACUCGAUGUACCUCUUGUGGAGUUGUGGCUGAGAAUCACAAGAGUCCAAUUUGUCCAGCUUUAUCAGGAAAAGGUGCUCCAGAACCUGAAACACAAGAUGCCAGAAUCCCAGUUGAGAAACUUCCCCGGUGUGAAGAGGCAGGGUGCGGAGGCCUCCUGCGACCUCACGUGGUGUGGUUCGGAGAAAACCUGGAUCCUACCAUUCUGGAGUUGGUUGACAGAGAGCUGGCCCUCUGUGACUUAUGUCUAGUGGUGGGAACUUCCUCUGUGGUUUAUCCUGCUGCCAUGUUUGCACCCCAGGUGUCAGCCAAGGGUGUGCCAGUGGCCGAAUUUAACAUGGAAACCACCCCAGCCACCAGCAUGUUCAGGUUUCAUUUCCAUGGGCCCUGUGGUACCACUCUUCCUGAAGCCCUUGCUCCUCAUGAAACUGAAACAGUUUCUUAAUUGUCCUGGGGAAGGAAUUAUAGUACCAGGCUACAGACAGGAGACACAGCGUUGCGGUUGGUGAACUGAACACUGGAAAAUCUAAAAACAUCCUCUGAUUCUUUGAUAAGUGAUAGGGCCUUGGAGGUAACGAUAGCAAACAUAUUUAUAAGAAGUCAGAGAACUAAAGUUAAUGCACGUUAUUUGUUUUGAACUUAAACAUAAGAUACCUCUGAUGUGUUUGGUUUAUUAUUAGAAGGGAAAAAUUGUAAUUAGAUUUUCUUAAAAAUGUAAUUAUAGCAAUUGUACUUUUGCUAUUUGGGCAAAAAUAGAAGUAGACAGGCAAAACUUUGAUAUUUCUGAUUUCUGCACAAGUUUUGGUGGAAAAUAAAAUCACUCUCUAUAGUAGGUGAUUUGUUCUAGAAAGAUGUGACCCCAAGAGAAUCUUUGUUGGGAACCUUUCAGUAUUUACCUUGUUUGGCUGCUUCACCUCAAAGUAUGUGGGAUAAUUUACAAUAAGAACUCAUGCAAGGAAGGAAGAGGAAAGUAGCAAUAAGGAAAAAAGUCAGGAUGAGGGGAAAAGAUGAUGCAAAUAUAUGGACUCCAAGGAUAAACACAGCUGCCUGAAAUUUAGCACUAGCCUUCUUAGCAACCAAGAAGGAAAGGGAGAGGUGAUAGUUGACUAUUUCUCUGUAUCAUAAACACAGAAGCAUGUAGUCUCUGUGGGGUCUUUUAAGCCUUCCCAGGCACUGAAUUCUGAAGGGAAUAUUUCCCAUGGGACUUUACCUUGGAGUAAAGUAGUAAGGAUACAGUUCUCACCUCAAGCUCUACCACCUAAUGCCACACCCAGGGACCUUGGAAUGACUACCGUCCAGCAAACAGAGGCCUGACUGGGUAGAGUGGCAUUUAGUAAACAGUGUAGGAAGGUCAUACAUAAGAAGAUCCUUUGGAUCAGGUGGACUCCGUGGGUAAUUACACACCUGGGCCACAUCACCAUAGUCUCUUCCAAAAUUGAAUCUAAUGUUAGAGUUUGGGCUUUUGUAAAAAUAGAUGACAAGACACUAUCACAUAAAACUUUGUUUUGCAUUUAUAAAACUUUUAAUAAAUCCCAAAUUUCCUUUGCAUGAG